AUGCCAAUUAUCGAUGCCUUAAUACAUCGAGGAUUCAUCAUUCACAUUGUCACCAAUGCACCUGCUUUUCUAUUUGAUUCUGCUCUGAAAUGGACACACCAGUGUCAUCUGAGACCAUUGAUUGUUGACGUCGGUGUCAUCCAGUCAGAUGCAAUCACACUGGACAGGACCAAAACCAUGGAUGCCUUGGAAGGAUUUAUGAAGACUGACUCUGAAUGGAUUUGCACUGAAACACAAUGGUUGCAACAGAAUGAUAUUUCGAUGAUUCUUCUUGAUGCCCCAUUCUUACCAGCUUUGGCAGCUAAAGCCAUCAACAUUCCUGCUGUCGUGGUUUCCAACUUUACAUUUGAUUCUAUGUACUCUUCAUUAUGUGAAUUGCCUACACCUAAGGAAACCAAGAUUCUCGAAUCUGUCUACCUCGCAUAUGCAGCCACGACAAAUCUCAUACAAUUACCAGGAGAAGUCGAUAUACCAGCAUUCACAAAACGAGACGGUUUGGUCUACAAAGUACCCCUUGUAGUCAGACAUUCGACAAAACGAAGGGAUGUAUUACGUGCUGAGCUUGGAAUACCUAUUGACGCUCAAGUAUUACUGAUAUGUUUUGGUGGACAUGAAUUGCUGGUUGGUUCAUGGUCGCCAGAUACUGUAUUGCCAGAUGAUACGUGGUAUGGAUUGGUUGUUGGCUGGAAUUCCAAGAAUUCGACUAGUCGACUCAAGUCUGUUGGUCAGAAUGUCUUUAUGCCUGAUCUCAUCAACUGCAGUGACGUGGUCCUUGGAAAAGCUGGAUAUGGCCUAUGCUCAGAGGUCGUGGCUCACAACAAACCGUUGCUAUACAUCAAACGAAGUGGAUGGGCUGAAGAAUCAGGCUUGAUCAACAUGAUGAACUCAUACGGUCAUGCCGUGCAAAUGGAAUACGCAGACUUUACAGCUGGGAGAUGGAAACAUACCAUUUUGAAAGCUGUUGAAUUGAAUCAAACAUCCCCUCGAGGUCACUUACAUACUGAUGGAGCUGACAAAGUGGUGGAGGUUAUUGAAGGCCUCAUGAAAAUAUAG